AGUUCUAUGCUUCUCACGUUGAGCUUAUGAUAUUCUCAACCUUCCUUCCAUCUGAUUCCUCUUCUUUGCUUCCUCUUCAUCAAGUUCGUUCUCAGCUUCUACCAUCUAACCUACCUCUUGGAACAAUCCAUUUUAGCUUCUCCCAGUUAACAUUAAUUUAUCCGAAUUUUCUUUCUCUUCUUGCUCUCUCUUCUAUCUUGGAAUCUUCGUCUGCAGAUCGAUAUAUACAAUCCAAUUCAAACCCCCAAUGGACAGCCAAGACAUCAGUGAUCUUCGCGUCGCCUCCUUCUCCGCUUACCUUCGCUCCCCAGAAGAGAAACUAGUGCUCAAGCUCACUGAAGAGAAUCCACGCCAGCCCAAAGCUGAUCAAGAUCAUCAGGGUCAUGAGAUUGGUGUUUUUAAUGCUGACAAGUACUUCAACAUGAGAAUGGAUCAUCAUGCAGAGACUGAUCGAAAGCUCGUCGUCGAUCCGCCGCAACCGGUGAAGCCAAGAUGGAGGAUUGGAACCCCAAGUGUUAGCUCUGAAUCAAGCUGGAACAGCCAGUCUGCACUGCUACCUGCAGGCCACACGAUCAGAAGCCCCAGACCAUCUCGGAUCACGCAAAAGAAAGCAGCUGGAAGGAGCUGCUUCACGGUUUUCGGGUUCAAUGGACCCUGCCUGAGCAGGAAGUCGGUGUAUGUCGGCGAUGGCGACGAGGAAGACGCGGCCAUGGUUAAUCACAAGAAAGACGAGCCGAGAGAAGAACUCGAAUCCUUUCGGUUUGUGCAUCCAAUCGCGUUCGAUGGCGCCAAGGAGAACAUGGCAGGUAAACGGCAGUUGGGAGAAGCUGGAAAUGUGGGAGACAAGCCGCGAUUCUCAAUUGAGGUUUUCGGCGCUCAAACUGAGGCGCCCGAGAGAUUAAACGCUGAGGCAUCUUCACAUUUAACUGAGAGCGAUUCGCCCUCCUCACCUGCACUUAAUGAACACCACAUCUUUUAUCGGGCUAUCUCUGAUAGAAAUAAGAAGGGUUGUAGUUACGACCUCGGCUCUCAAGGGAAUCAGUUUUAUCCAUCUCCAUCCAAUAGUAUCUCCAAUUGUUUAUGUAAAUCCGUGACACAAGAUUUUGAACAAAUAAAACUACAAUUCUCCCAGAUAAGCAAGGAGAAUCAGCAAAUGAGACAGGCGGUGUCCUUAGUGAAUGCUGAGAAUGUACAACUACGGGAACAGAUGCAGGAUAUGAUGACAUGGAGGGAUCAGAUGAAUCAAAUGAUGUACAUAGUAUUAAGUAAAUGUAAAUCAACACCUCCUGGAGUAUCGGAUGGAAAUUCGUUUUAUAAUUACAAGGGUAACGAGGGUGAAAGAGGAAGAAAAUGAAAAUGAUGAUGAUGAUUGUUAAUUCUAUUGUGGACUAUUUAUGAUUGUAGUAAUGGAAUUUAUGGUUUUGAA